AAUCAAAAAAAAAAAACAAUAAUAAUAAUAAUCAAAAAAAGAAAAGAAAACAAUGCGCUCAGUCAACUCAACCCCAUCACCACACCGAAGAAGAGCACAAUCAGUAGCAGUCUUAUCAAACAACUCAUCACCCUCAUCAACAACCCAACCACCAACAACCACCAAUAGCAACGACUCAUCAAACCAACAACAGCAAUCAAGCCCUUCAUCACCAUCUCAUCCAAAACAAUCUCCAGUCGAUGAAUCACUACAGAGCUUCAAAUUACUACAGGCACUCAGAACUUCUGACACUGAAUCCAUCCUCAACUUACUCUCCACUCAGUACUAUCCAAAAGAUCAACCACAACCAUCCUCUCAUCCCGAAUCUCAGCUCACCCCACUUCAUCUGGCCGUCCGCUGUGCAACCUACGAGGUUGCUGAACUGGUCCUAGCAAAUUCCCCAGCAAAUGUGGUCACAUCACAAGAUUCAUCUGGGCAAACCCCACUUCACAUCGCAUGUAGCCUUUCCAGAGCAGAUCUGGUCACCCUCCUACUGGCCCAUCCUCAAGUCGAUGACUCCAUUCGGGACCACCACUCUCGUACCUGUUUAGAAGUCUGCAAGAGUGCUCAAGUAGCCAAACUCAUCCAAGCCGCUCGCGAUCAAAUCAGUGCUAGCUUCUUAGCCCUUCUCUCAGCAUACAUAGCCUCCUCUCAGACCUCAGUCGUCUCCUCCUCAUCCGUCAACGCCACUCAAUCCUCUGGGAAUAUUUCCGACGUCAUCCCAUCAUCUACAGCCAUCAACAAUCACGAAUCAGCUGCUGACCAACUCUACAAAUUCAUGAACCUACCCAGAUGCAAGUCAAUCGAUUUCAGUUUGAAAGAAGAUCAAACUGGUACCACUCUCCUUCAUGAAGCCGCCAAACGUAAGGAUAUCUAUCUCAUCAACCUGGCUAUCUUGAGAGGGGCAGAUGUGCUGGCCAGGGACAAGAGAAACAAAAUGCCGAUAGAUGUCGCGAUCGAUGAAAAAGUCAAAGCCAUCUUAAGACAAGCUGCGUCUACCGAAGGUCGAGCCUUGAAAGCUAGCGCCCAUGCCAAGGCUUGGAGUCCAGAGAACUAUCAAUCAACUUCAAGUUUUCCCAACACUACGCAUGUCCCUGCUACCGCUUCAAACGGCUCCCUCACCCAGCCCACUCUCAAAGGUUAUCUCAGCAAAUGGACCAAUAUGGCCCGUGGUUAUAGUACCCGCUGGAUUGUACUCGAAAAAGGCUUCUUGAGUUACUAUCGUGACGAACAUGACGAAGGUAAAACCUUGAGAGGUUCAAUAGCGAUGUCCGUUGCAAUCGUCGUCGGUCCGGACGUAACUAAAGAUAAACUUAGAUUUGAGGUCUCGUCCAAACUGGGGAACUCGUACCCUCGCUUUUAUCUAAAGGGCGCCCAUCCCUUAGAGGUGAUGAGGUGGGUGGACGCUCUGAAACAAGCCAUCGAAGUGGCAAACCAGACCGUCUCUCCAUCCAACGACAAAAACCUCUCCCGCAAAGCCUCGGUCCCUCUCGCGAACGCCGACAAACGCAGCUUUGUCAGUCGCCACCUGCGUCAUUCGCGGCACAUUCCUAGCCCCAGUUCUGCCUCGACCCGCCGUAACAUGUCUGUGACUGACACCUCAGGCCGCCCUCGCGGCAACACUACCGACCCCGACUCUCCCCCGCGUAGUGUCUUUGCUCAUUCAACUUCUGAAGACGAUGACGCCUCCCGUCCCGACCGGUCUCAGCUGCCAUUCGAGAACGAGAUUGACCUGCUCGUUCAAAGUCUUAAGGCUCAUAUCGAGAUGACUGACCAGCUCGUUAACUCUCUCGCAAUUCCUUCCGGAGCUCCAACCCCUCCGUUGAACACUUCUCAAGGUAGCACUUCUGCUACAGGCGUGAUUGAGCCAGCAAACAACUCACCAACUGCAUCUCAACGUCAGACUGAAGUUAAGCAUGCUUUAAAACGUUCAGUCGAAGACCUUAGCGUGAUGUUUGAUGAUUAUAUCACCAAGAUCAAUAAAAGAGAAAGGUACCACAUCCGCCGCUACGAAGAAGAAUUGCAAGCCAAGAGGUUGUGGGAAGAGAACAUGCAGGCCUUGCUAGCUUCUCAAGCUGAGAUGGAGAGGCAAUUACAAUCCGUGGCACGAGAUAGUAGUCGCAGGAAGAAGCAGCUUAAAACUCUCAGGGCUGGGAUCAAUGAAAGCAAUGCCGCUAUCAACACCACCAAUGCAGAAGCCGAUGAAACUGCAGAGGUGGCAGAAAAGUCCGAGGAUGGGAAGCCAGCAGGGACGACAGCAACUUCAGCGAGUCGUCCGGUAUCCGUUGCGGCCGCUCGGCUCGAGCAACUCUCGGGUUCCAGCUCCGAAGAUGAAGACGAUGAUGAUGAGUUCUUCGAAGCGAUCGAGACGGGCGCGAUAGCCGUCGAGCCGAUGUCGGUCACCAAAACCUCACCCUCGGAGCGAGUCCUGCACGAGUUCGACAUGGAAGAAUUGAAGGAAGGCUACGAAACCAAACGCACUACAUUGCCCAUCACCGCCGACGACAGACCUUCAGUUUCCUUGUGGGGAAUCUUGAAGAACUCCAUCGGCAAAGAUCUGACUAAGAUCUCGUUCCCUGUCAGUUUCAACGAACCUGUCAGCAUGCUUCAAAGGAUGGCCGAAGACAUGCAAUUUUCAGAAUGCCUCGAUGCAGCUGCUGAGCAACCAGAUUCAUUGGUCAGAAUGGCUUACGUAGCCGGCUUCGCCAUGAGUAACUAUUCCAGCACCGUAGGCCGAUUAGCCAAACCUUUCAAUCCUUUGUUAGGGGAAACGUACGAAUAUAUUGACCCCGAUAAAGAGUUCCGGUACCUUUCCGAGCAAGUCAGCCACCAUCCACCGACAAGCGCAUGUUAUGCCGAGUCACCACGAUGGUCUUACUUUGGGGAAACAGAUGCAAAGAACAAAUUCACCGGGAAAUCGUUUGAGAUCAAACCGACGGGAGUCGCUCAUGCAGUCCUCAACAUCCCCAAGACCUUUGAAGGUACCCAAGAUUAUCCUCCGUUCAAGAGGAACCCCGAUCGAGUCGAAGAGCAUUACAGCUGGAAGAAAGUGACGACGGUCGUUAGCAAUUUCCUCAUGGGAUCACCGACGAUUGAUCACUAUGGAGAUAUGGAGAUCACCAAUCACCGGACCCAAGAGAGAUGUGUCCUGACUUUCAAACCCCGAGGAUGGAGAGGGAAAGAUGCCAACGAGGUGAAAGGAAGUGUGUAUGACAAGAACGGAGAGUUGGUAUGGGAACUGGCGGGCAAAUGGACCACUCAACUGAUAGGCCGACGAGCGGGCUCAGCGAGUGGAGACCUCGGGCCGGACGAGUCAGUGACGGCCAGUCGUGGACGGGAGUACUUACAGCUGUGGAAGAACGACGGGCAGCCGGACAACAUGCCUUUCAACCUGACGACGUUUGCAAUGACGUUGAAUGCGAUGAACGGGCGUCUGAAGCUCUUCCUACCGCCGACGGACUGUCGUUUGAGGCCGGACCAACAUGCGUUCGAGAAGGGCCAAUGGGAGAAGGCUAACGAACUGAAGAUCGCUCUUGAGGAGUUCCAGAGAGCUACGAAGAAGAAGCGAGAGCUCGGCGAACUUCCGCCGCAUACGCCCAGAUGGUUCGUCAAGGUCGACGACCCGGACUCUGGCGAACUUACGUGGGACGCUAUUCGCUCCCCCGAAAAUGGCGUCUCGAUCCUCUAUUGGGAGGAACGUAAACGCGUCGGAGCUUCUCGUAAACAAAACCUUGAAGUCGAGUGGACUGAUGUUUCUCAUAUCUUUGGAGAAUUCGAAUCAGUCGAAACCGAUUGCUGAUCAUCCUUUCCCCAUAAUAGCCGGUCCCAUAAAUUUCUUUUUUUUCCCCUACCUUUUCACAUCUCCUUAUAAACUACUAGUACUAGUGUCACUCACUCCUUCCCAUUUUUGUACCUUCUUUCAUUUCGUUUUUCGUCCUGAUCACUUUUUUUUUUCCUUCUCUCAUUCUCUUUUGUUCCCUCAGUGUAUUCAAACCAAAGAACCCGUAGAAAAAGAAAAAAAAUAGCAUGUAUGGACAAUGGGUUUUCACCAAGUUCCAUUAUCUCUCUCUUUUUCGUCUUUUGCUUACUCUUUUUUUUGGUGAAAUGGUUGUUGAUCAUGAUGAUGAUUUCUGGUAAGUAUAGUCCAGAUAGUUAGUUUUAGUGAAGAUGUAUACAUGAUAAUCUUGGCUACAUAAUGUGUUGUCUUGCAUAGCUUAAGAAAUACAAAUGGGUAAUAGAUGUAGGUAAAUCAAUACUUUUAA